AUGAAUAACUUGACGACGAAUCUGUGCUGUGAAGACGCCGCCAAGCUGCGCGACGUCGGAGACGUCAGCGGUAAACAAGGUCAACAACUAGCAGUCUGGAGGAAUAAAGAGGACAAUGCAGGGCAUGGUCCUUGAACGCAUCCAUUUAGGCCCGCUAACCAUGCCUCUUAAUCGCGCGUUGCUCGUCUUUUUGUGCCAGCCCCAGGUUUUUCACACCUUGGCUGGUUAUUGUGACUCAUUUCCUUUUUUUUGGUGGUUUUUAAACUAGAACAAAGAAUAAAGUGAAGGCUUGGAUUGGAGCGAAAAAUUCUGCAAACUUUAUGUGCAGAGUUAUUUUAAAAAACAGAACUCAGAGUAGAAACGAAAAAUCGUACAGAUUGAGAUUUUUUUUAUUUAAUACACCAAUGAUUCGUGUUUCAGAAAAUUAAACAAGAACUCUUGAUAACCCAACUAACAAAGCUCAAAUCAAAGCAUAAAGGGUGUUAAUUAUUCCAGUGUUGUUUGAACAUUUUGAAAAAAAAUGUUAUAAAGAUGCACUCCGAAGUUCUACCUUCCCACUCAAACUUCCAAUUUUUGCGUUGAGAAGCUAAAAAAGUUUUGCUUUCCAUCUGAUGAAACUGUAGCUCAAAGGAGGAGCAGCUUCAAAAAUUGCUUUUUUGCAACUGAACUUUUGGCUAGGCGUUUAUAUUGUUUUCUCUUAAACUCGUAGCAAUUUGCAAAGUUUGAACUAAAACUACCUUUUCUUCCAAAACUUCACAUUAAUCUCAGAAAAUAAUUCUAGGUCAUUUUGUGGAUGCAAUUCAUAAAAUGGCAAGAACGACAAAAAUGUUCCUUUUUUGUUGAUUUCGCAACAAGGUUAUAAAACAAAUAUUCUCAUUCAUGAUCUUCACACCUUCCUGUAUGGAAAUAAGCUAAAAAUAAAAUGAACCAAUGCAUUGCGUUGGCGAGAGAGCUGACUCCAGGAUAGACGCACUGUGUGUUCAACUGCGGUCAGCGGAUGAGAACCAUUGGGCAUCUCUACUGAACAGUCGACCUCUGUUUGCAGCUCUCAAAUCCGUCGUCCGGGCGACUAGCCACUAUGAAGUGUGCUGUCAUUCAUAG